AUGAAGAGCCAGGCGGGGAAGGACUUCCACAAGGCAUUGGUUUGGGCCUUUAACUUGAUCUUCUGGAUCAUUCUGGUUCUGAUUGGGUUCUUCUACACAUGCAUAGCCAGGACAGUGGUCCAGUCGCACCGCAACUCCAGGAGCACAAACACAAAAGGGAAGCAUAAGACCCAAGCAAAGGUAUUCAUCGUGCUUGCAGUGUUCCUGGUCUGUUUCGCCCCUUACCACAUUAUACGGAUCCCUUACACUCAGCUGCAGGUGAAAAACCAGCACAAUUGCACAUGGGAAAUACUGAAGGUGGCUAAGGACUUUUCCCUCUGGCUCUCAACCACAAACAUCUGCCUGGAUCCACUCAUCUAUUUCCUCCUGUGCAAAAGCUUUCGAAAGAAGCUGUCUGACCUUGGCAUUCUUAAGAGAUUCUCAAGCUCUGGCUCAGGGACCGAUGAAGACUUGAGCAAUGAGUGA